AUGGAAGAAAUAACUCACGAAUCACAGUGUUCCAAGGAAGAAAACAAAUGCGAAGCGCAUUUUGUUUCCACUUUUAACAGAAAUCAUGAAGGACGCUUCAUCGUGGAAUUGCCGAUUAAAGGCGAUAUAGAACAGUUGGGCGAAUCUUACCAUAUUACAGAAAGACGAUUCAAAACUCUAGAGCGAAAAUUAGAGAAACAGAACGAUCUGAAGCAUCAAUAUCACAGUUUCAUGCGUGAGUAUUUGGAUUUGAAUCAUAUGCAAGAGGUAUCAUUUGACGAAAGGGAUCACAAGCCUUCAUACUACAUACCGCAUCACUCGGUCAUAAAAGAAGACAGCAUCACCACGAAGCGCAUACUCUGGCGAUGGCAUCGGGAUGAGCCUAUCAGAAAAUUCCAACUUAACACAGUUACCUAUGGAAUGGCAAGCUCCUCAUUUUUAGCCAUAAGAUGCAUGCAAGAAGUAGCCCGACAGAUGAGCCAAGAAUAUCCCGAAGCUGCGGAAGUGAUAUCCAAAGACUUUUACGUCGAUGAUUUAUUAACUGGAGCCGACACUGUGGAUAAUUUACUGCGAAUUAAGCAAGAUAUUAUAAGUAUACUCACCAGCGCAAGAUUCGAGCUCAGAAAAUGGAGAUCCAAUGGCCCAGGUCUCGGCGAUCACCUCAGCAAUAAAUCUAUAGUCAUGCUUGGUGAAGCGACCAAAAUUUUGUGUUUGUGGUGGAACACAGCUACAGAUACGUUUCAUUAUAAAUUGAAGUUAGAAAUACAACAAAAAAUAACAAAGCGAUGCAUAUUAGCCAAUAUUGCGCAGAUUUACGACCCUCUAGGAUGGCUGGGUCCAGUAAUAGUCAAGGCAAAAAUAAUUAUGCAGCGACUAUGGCAGUCAAAAUGUGACUUGGACGAAACCGUAAACAAUGAGAUGCGCGUUAUGUGGACACAAUGGAGAUCCAAAAUCAACUGUAUAGAAUCAAUCCAUAUUCCUCGUAAGGCAUUAGGUGACAACACGAUUAAAGUGGAAUUACAUGGGUUUUGCGACGCAUCGGAGGACGCCUAUGGUGCCUGUUUAUACUUGCGCAGCAUCUCAUCCGAUUUCAGAUAUACGGUUAAUAUACUAUGUGCCAAAUCGCGCGUAGCGCCCAUGAAGAAGAUUUCAUUACCCAAACUAGAGUUGUGUGGCGCCGUCCUAUUAGCUAAUCUAGGUGACAAGGCUAUGAAAGCGCUGAGUAUCCGUGUACAAGGAGCACACUAUUGGAGCGACUCCACGAUAGCCUUAGCAUGGAUCAGCCAUGAAUCGAAUAAAUGGAAUACCUUUGUUGCUAACAGAGUAUCGGAGAUACACCGCAUCGCGAACCAAGUACAGUGGCAUCACGUGAAAUCGCAGGACAACCCAGCUGACCCAUUAUCAAGAGGAAUUAAUCCUGAAAAAUUAGAAACGAUGCAGAUAUGGUGGAAAGGGCCUGCAUUUUUGCACCAUAACACGGCAAUGCUGCCGUAUGAAUGUAAAAACGCAACGGAGGAGUUGCCGGAAGCUCGUGUAUCGAAAUCAUUGGCAUAUCAUGCAGUCAGUCAAGGUUCCACCAUUAUUGAAAGAUUCUCGUCAUUUACAAGACUAAAAAGAGCCAUAGCAUAUUGUCUGCGCUUUAAGAACAAUACAUCAAAAGAAAUGAUAAAAACUAAUGGACCUUUAACAGUCAACGAAAUAAAUAAAGCGACAACCGCAAUCAUCAAACUUUGCCAAGCAAGCGAAUUCCCACAAAAAUUAUAUAAUCUUCGUAAGCAAUCACAAUUAGAUUCUAAAAGUAAACUGCUAACCUUACAUCCAUUUUUAGACUCAGACGGUCUCAUUCGCAUGGGGGGAAGGCUACACCGCGCACCAAUAGAAUAUGCUCAAAAGCACCCAAUCAUAUUAGCGAGCAAGAGUCAUCUCACGAAUUUAAUAAUAAAAGACAUUCACUACAAAAAUUUGCACGCAGGGCCCCAAGCAGUACUAGCAGCCAUGCGCGAAAAUUACUGGCCACUAAAUGGUAGAAAUACGAUACGUCGUACCUUGAGAAAUUGCAUUGUUUGUUUUCGCACGAAACCCGUAACCGCAAGUCAAUUAAUGGGAAGUUUACCAUCGAUACGUGUAACACCUGCCAGGCCAUUUCUUAAUACUGGCGUAGAAUACGCCGGUCCGUUUAGCGUAAAAAUUUCGCGAAACAAAACCGGCAAAGCAUAUCUGUCAUUGUUUGUAUGUUUGGCCACAAAGGCAAUACAUCUUGAACUAGUAUCGGAUUUAAGUACUGCAUCAUUCCUUAACGCGAUAAAACGAUUUAUUGCUCGCAGAGGAAAGUGUUCCACUCUGUACUCCGACAACGGCACCACCUUUACUGGAGCCAACAAUCAAUUGUCGGAACUGAAAAAUCAGCUACUUAAAGAAUCCACGCAAACCCAAAUACGCGAUUUCCUACUUGAACAGUUCAUUGACUGGAAAUUUAUCCCUCCUUACGCACCGCACAUGGGAGGAGUGUGGGAAGCCUCUGUGAAACUAGCAAAAAAUCAUAUGCGAAAAGUAAUAGGUACAACUAUACUAACUUUCGAGGAAUUAUACACGGUCCUAACGCAAAUAGAAGCAUGUUUAAAUUCAAGACCCCUUACACCUAUUUCUAAUAAUCCUACCGAUCUACAAGCGCUGACCCCCGGUCACUUUCUUAUAGGCGAGGCACUUAACGCGAUCCCGGAGUAUGACAUGAGUAAAGUUCCUACAAAUCGUUUAACAAGACUUCAUUUGCUUACUCAAAUAAAGCAGAAUUUCUGGACUCGAUGGUCCAAAGAAUAUGUAGCUCAGCUCCAGCAACGCGUUAAGUGGAAAUUGUCAAAGAAAACGAAUAUUAAGGAAGACACAAUGGUGCUCAUUAAAAAUGAGAACACCCCCCCGAUGUCAUGGCCUUUGGGUAGAAUAAUAAAUAUACAUCCCGGCCCGGACAAUCUCACUAGAGUUGUCACAAUACGAACAAGUAGAGGCAUAACGAAGCGAGCGUUAUCAAAAAUAUGUAUCUUGCCAGUCGAAGAAAAUGAGAUAUCUUAA